AUGAUUGCUACUACUAAACUACCAAGUCCCAGGAGCUUCGACCUACUCCCACGAAACAAGAGGGCUCAUUAUCCUGGGUUACCACAACAUCACCAGGUCCCUAGAACCCCACCACCGCCGCCACCAUGCCCACAAUCACCACAACCACAAUAUUCCAACAAACAGUUUGAGCAAAAGCUAUAUUCUUCCCACUUGUACUCAUCAGAAGUCUCCACACACGAGCGAGUUGUAUCCGAAUAUGACAUGGACAUAUACGAAACUAUGCUUGAACAAAUUGAACAAAAUAAACCAAAUGUCAAUCUAUAUAAACAACAACCGUACCUUACCCCAGCUGUAAGGGUAAAGCUUGUCGAAUUCCUACUCAAGAUGUCAGUGAGGUUGAAAAUCCUUCCAUUUGUGUUUUACAAGGCAGUGCGUUUGUUUGAUAGAUAUUGUUGCAAACGUAUUGUAUUAUUGGAUCAAUCUCAAUUGAUCAUCACCACAUGUUUAUGGAUUGCCAGUAAAGUCAAUGGUGGCAAUAAUCAUUUCGUCAAUAUGAACAACUUGAAUAAAUGUAUUGAUGGUUUCAGAGUAAUUGGUGAUUUAGGUUAUGGAAGUGGAGGUAAAUUUAUUGGUCCAACUGAAAGGUUCAGAUUACCUAAAUUACAUGAAUUGGUUAAAUUAUGUGGUGCCAAAUGUAAAUAUGAUAUGGGUAUGUUUAAACAAAUGGAAUUACAUAUUUUGUCUACUUUAGAUUGGAAUUUGUGUGAUCCACUGAUUGAAGAAUUUAUCAUCAAGAGUAAUGAAUUUUGCACUAGCCAAGCUUGUGGGACAAAUGAAGGGGAUAUUAGUACUGGUGAGAUGUUUAAAGUUAAGGAGUACUUGAGUUAUAUUUCUUUGUACUCAUUUGAAUUGGUAGAUAUCAACAUGCUUGAAGUUGGUCAAGUAGUAUCAGAUUUGAUCAAUGAUGUAUUUCAAAUUGAUUUCAAUAGCAGCGACUAUCAAAUUAUACAAGUUCCACCAACGCUAUCAUCCAGAUCAAGUUAUUCUUCAUCACGUAUCGAUAUUGAAAUGAGUCAAUACAAGAUGAUCAAAAAGAAUUUGAUUAAAUCCAUCUUGAAUACUUCGGAAUACAUGUUGAGUUUGUUCAAUACCAGUGGCCCUCAAUACUUGUAUCGUGCCGUGGUAAAUGGAUGGACACCAAUUUGCAAUGCUUCCACAACAAUGCGAGUCUAUCAAGAUUACAAUGCAAUGAAAUCGGUUUCAUUGUCAUCAACUGAACUGUAUUCUACGCCAUCUCCAACUGGUUCUGCAUACUCGACCACGUCAUUAGGCGGUGCAAUGAACACGGUGGUUACACCACCUACACCAUACAUGCAAAUACGGGCCAAUAUGAUGGUGAAUAAAUCAGCCAAUUUGUCAACACCUCCUGAAGCAAGGAAUAAAUAUAACUUUGGUGGAGGUCAGCCACUAAGACAAGCGCCACCACCACAAUCUGCUACAACUUCAAGUAUGCCACAUCAUUUAUUACCUCUUCCACAAUUAGUCCAACAACAACACCUUCAUCAUACUAAAUCAACACCAGUGUUGAAACACUUUGAAUUACCAAACCAACAACAACCACUCAGAGUCAAUACCAAUAUACCUCUAGUACAAGGUAGCACAUUCUCAGCAACAUCAUAUCCAUCUGCUACUUCUUCAACAGUUUCCUCAGCCAGUAGUGCACUGAACUCCAAUGUAUUUGAUAAACCAAUGUUUACUCACAAUGCAAAUGGAAGUGCAAUUACCCUCACAAUGGGCGAUGGUGGCGCUAGCAACAGCAACAGCAAUAGCUGCAUACUGAGAUCAAGUACUCCAAUGAGUGAUAUUGAGGCUGCAGCUGGAACAAGCAAGAGUCCAGGUAGCAUCUAUAUGGCUAUGGAAAGAAUGAGGACUUGA